AUGGUCCAGUACUCGGUCCCAAGCAACUAUACCUUUUCUCCGUCCUCUGCGACUCCCCACUUGACCAUCAAUCACGAUGUUGUUGCCGACCUAGACUCGAGCAACGCCUUUGAGGGUCCCGAGAAGCUUUUGGAGGUUUGGUUUGCCCCCAGCGCCGAUGCUCUACCCGUCAAUGCCUCCCCUUUGGGCCUCAAGACCGUUGAAAAGGAGACAUGGGAGUCCAUGCUCGACAUGGUUCACUGCAAAGUCCUCUCCGUCCUCGAGUCCGACACUGUCGACGCCUACCUCUUGUCUGAAUCGAGCAUGUUUGUCUUCCCCCACAAGCUGAUUCUCAAGACCUGCGGUACUACCACACUUUUGCUUGGUCUCCAGCGCCUUCUUCAUAUUGCUGCGGUCAAUGCUGGCUUUCCAUUCAGUAACGCCAGCUCGGUCGACAACAUUCGCGCGGCGGCCACACCGUACCGCGUCUUUUACAGCCGCAAGAACUUUCUCUUCCCGGACAAGCAGCGCGGCCCUCACCGUAGCUGGAAGCAGGAAGUCAAGUACCUCGACGAUAUGCUCAAUCACGGAAGCGCUUACAUGGUUGGCAAGAUGAACGGCGACCAUUGGUACCUCUAUCUCACCCCACCGAACCAGGAGCUUACACCCCCUAUGACGCCUCAGUCCGAGACCAAUGACAAUGCUAUCGAGGGCGACAACACCGAGCUUGGUGCUGUCGAGUCAAGCGGCGACGAAUAUGUUGACGAGACCCUGGAGAUUCUCAUGACUGAUCUUGAUCCCGAGAAUGCAAAGCAGUUCUUUCUUUCGCACGCGAGUGCGGUCGCUUGCGAUAAGAUGGCUGCUGAGAAUAAGGCACUCUACUCUGCCAGCAACGGCGAUGCCGCUGAGCCGUUGGACGAAGUCGACGUUUUUAGUAACGGAAGCGACUCCGACUUGCACGAUGGAGUCAAGGCGCUCGGAAUUGAUGAGUCACUCACCACUGAGGGCCAUGCCCUUGGCACCGUCAUCUCCGACAACUGCGGAUUGGCCGAUGUGUACCCUACCUCGGUCUACCCUGACGCGCGCAUCGACGCGUACCUUUUUAGUCCCUGCGGCUUUUCCGCCAACGGUGUCGUGCCGGCUCCCCCGACCGCGGAUGGUGAGAGCAAGGCUUGCCACUACUUUACUGUGCACGUCACUCCGGAGGACGGCUUCUCUUUUGCGUCGUUUGAGACGAACGUGCCCGGCGGACAGAAAGGCCGUGCCACUGCCGAUAUUAUUUCGCACGUAGUCGACAUCUUUAAGCCCGGGCGCUUUAGCGUCACGCUCUUUGAGGCCAAGGGCCGCCGUGCCAACCCCUAUGGCGCUGGUGCCGACCAGAUCCGUGGCUUGGCGGGCAAGCGCCUUGCUGACCCUGUCCCGGGCUACAAGCGUGUUGACCGUAUUGUGCACGAAUUCGACGACUAUAACCUCGUUUUCCGUUUCUUUGAAAAAGAUGGCUUUGCGGGGCCCAAGGGGGCUCGUGUUGGAGAGGAGGAGUGA